AGUUGAUUUAUAGCCAUGCUCUUGUAUGGUGAAAUUGAUGUGGCAGGAGCAAAAAUGGUAGAGUUUUCUCGAAUAUGGUUGGUUUCCUCAGUAAUAUUACUAUUGGGGUUAACCAUACCAUGUUCAUGCUCUUCGCUGAAAAGCAUAAUCAAGACGAAAUCUGCAGUUUUCUUAUCCCCAGAGUUCAAGUUGCAACCUGGAUCAGUUUCGAACAAAUUCUACUACAACAUGGAUUUCCCGAGAGGUCAUAUUGCAGUCAAAAGUUUUGAUGCUGAAGUAGUUGAUGAAGCAGGGAACCCUGUCCCUCUUCACGAAACUUAUCUUCACCACUGGGUUGUUGCUAGAUAUUAUUACCGCAAGAAUUCCACAGAGCCGGAGGGCUCUUCUUUAAUGCAGAACCACACAGAUUUCAUUGAUGUAGAAAACAGUGGAUUAUGCCAGAGUAAAGUACUUAGACAGUAUUUUGGACUUGGAUCCGAAACCCGAAAAACACUCACAUAUGUUCCCGAUCCUUUUGGGAUUGAAGUUGGUAAUCCUGCAGAGAUCCCUUCUGGUUAUGAGGAGAGAUGGGUGUUCAAUAUCCAUGCCAUUGAUACUCGCGGCGUUGAAGAUAGGAUGGGAUGCACUGAAUGCAGGUGUGAUCUGUAUAAUGUUUCGAAAGACCAAAAUGGACGGCCUCUGAGCCCGCUGUACAAAGGAGGUAUUUAUUGUUGCUAUGAUGAUACACGAUGUAGGUUGAGAAAUGGCUUUCAGGGUGCCAAGAGAGGUCUCUACCUGAAAUAUACAGUGAAGUGGGUUGAUUGGUCUGAUUCCAUAGUUCCUGUUAAGGUCUAUAUUUAUGAUGUCACUGAUAGAUUCAAGGCUUCGAAGGAUUCAAUUAUGCAGUCUGCUGAACAUGAUUGCCAGAUUGAGUAUGACGUUGAAAAAUCUUACAGUCCAAGUAAUGCCAUCGACACCAAAAGGACAAGUCUUAGUAUCCCUUAUGGUUCUGGGGGAUAUGUUGUCUAUGCUGUUGCUCAUCUUCAUUCUGCAGGAAUUGCUUUGACACUACACGGACAAGAUGGACGAACCAUAUGUUCGUCGUCCCCAAUUUAUGGGAAGGGGAACGAAGUAGGAAACGAGGCUGGUUAUGUAGUUGGAAUGUCAACUUGUUAUCCUCAACCUGGCUCUGUCAAGAUCAAUGAUGGGGAGACUUUGAUUCUGGAAUCCAUGUACAACAGCACACAAUCACACACAGGAGUUAUGGCGCUGUUUUACAUUUUGGUUGCAGAUCAAUUGUCAGAAUCUUUAUUUCCACUUGAUUCUCAACUUUAUCCUCUUCUCCAAACUAGUCACCAAAAUGGUGGAGAUACCAAAGGGGACGACGCUGGAACUGCUAGAACUGUAGAAAAUGUUGAGUACCACUCCUCCCCAACACUCUCUCAGCGCCCGCUUGUCCUCUAUCCCAAGCAUUCAGUAUAUACAGUUAUAUACUCAAACACACCGAUAUACAUAUACAUACAUAAUUCCACCAUCAAACACAGUUUUUGCUGUGGCUCUUUUGCAGAUUAUCAUCUAUUUUGGAGCAAAAUGCAAGAGUUUUCUCGAACUUGGCUGCCUUUUUCAGUAAUAUUACUGCUGGGAUUAACCAUACCAUGUUCAUGUUCUUCGCUGAAAAGCAUAAUCAAUACUAAAUCUGCAGUUUUCUUAUCCCCAAAGUUUGAGUUGGAACCUGGAUCAGUGGCAGACAAGUAUUACUACAACAUUGAUUUCCCAAGAGGUCAUAUUGCUCUCAAAAGUUUUGAUGCUGAAGUAGUUGAUGAAGCAGGAAACCCUGUUCCUCUUUAUGAAACUUAUCUUCAUCAUUGGGUUGUUGCAAGGUAUUAUCACCUUAAGAAUUCCUCAGAGCCAGAGCUGGAUGGCUCUAAUUAUAGAAAUAAACGUACAGAUUUUGUUAUGGUAAGAAACGAUGGAUUGUGCCAGAGAAAUGUUCUUGGACAGUAUUAUGGACUUGGAUCCGAAACACGAAGAACAGCCACACAUGUUCCUGAUCCUUUUGGGGUUGAAGUUGGUAAUGCUGCAGAAAUCCCUUCUGGUUAUGAGGAGAAAUGGUUGCUCAACAUUCAUGCUAUUGAUACUCGUGGCGUUGAAGACAAGUUGGGAUGCACUGAAUGCAGGUGUGAUCUGUAUAAUGUUUCAAAGGAUGCGUAUGGACGACCUUUGAGGCCGGAGUACAAAGGAGGUUUGUAUUGUUGCUAUGAUGAUACAAGAUGUAGGAUGAAAGAAGGCUUUCAAGGUGCCAAGAGAGGUCUCUACCUGAGAUAUACUGUAAAGUGGGUUGAUUGGUCUGAUUCUAUAGUUCCUGUUAAAAUUUAUAUCCUCGAUGUCACUGAUAAGGUUUUGAAGGAUUCAACUAGGCAGUCUGCUGAACAUCAUUGCCAGGUUGAGUAUGAAGUCAAAAAAUCUGGCAGUCCCAGCGGAAGUAAUGGUAAUACCUGCGCUGACACCAAGAGGACAAGUCUCAGUGUCCCUUCUGGGGGGUAUGUUGUCUACGCUGUUGCUCAUCAGCAUACUGGAGGAAUCGGUUCGACACUAUACAGACAAGAUGGACAAACCAUAUGCUCAUCGUUGCCAAUUUAUGGGGACGGGAACGAAGUAGGAAAUGAGGCCGGUUACAUAGUUGGAAUGUCCACUUGUUAUCCUCAACCAGGCUCUAUCAAGAUCAAUGAUGGGGAGACUCUGAUUCUGGAAUCUAUUUACAACAGCACGAUAUCACACACAGGAGUUAUGGGGCUGUUUUACAUUUUGGUUGCAGAUCGACUGCCAAAAUCCUUACUUCCACUCCAUUCUCAGCUCUGAAUUUGGGAGUGUGACAUGGAUUUGGCAGCAUUGUGAAAGAUGUUUGGAAGAUGAACUAUGAUGUAAACUUGGGUCUAUUAGAUAAUGUAAUACAAAUUUGCAGACAUAUAUAUAACUACAGUAAUUACUUUAUGUCAAUAAGUCUGGGAUUUACAUAUGCAUACAUAUAUAUAUGUAUAUAUUAGAAGAUGAAUUAUGAUGUAAACUUGGGUCUAUUAGAUAAUGUAUGUAAGACAUAUUUGCAGACAUAUAUGUAACUACAGUAAUUACUUUAUGUCAAUAAAUCUGAGAUUUACAUAUGCAA